AUGUGGAGCUCCCGGGGGCGCCGUCUCCCCCUCGUUCGGGCCGCCAAGUUCGCGGCUGCCCAGGGAGCCCGGCAAGGACUCAGCCGCUGGCUGGCCAGGGCUGGCGGAGGGGGGAAGCCGCCGGCGGCCGCCCAGGGAGACCCAGCUGGGCUCCUGCGUGGGCCGUGCCCCGCGCCGAACGGGCUGCAGCACUCGGAGCUGCUGCUGUGCCAGCUGUCCGAGGCGGGUGGCGCGGGGCCCGGGCUGCCCGAGGCCAGGACGUGGCGCUGCUCGUGCUGCCUGCUGGGCACCUGCUGGUGCAAGAGCUGCCUGGGCGUGUGCGUCCUGGCCGCGCUGUGCUUCGCCUCGCUGGCCCUAGUGCGCCAGUACGUGCGGGACCUGCUGCUGUGGGCCGAGAGCCUGGACAGCGUGGCCGGGGUGCUGCUCUUCACUGUGGGCUUCAUCGUGGUCUCCUUCCCCUGCGGCUGGGGCUACAUCGUGCUGAACGUGGCCGCCGGCUACCUGUACGGCUUCGUGCUGGGCAUGGGGCUGAUGGUGCUCGGGGUCCUCAUCGGCACUUUCAUCGCCCACGUGGUCUGCAAGAAGCUGCUGGCCCGCUGGGUGCUAGCGAGGAUCCAGGGCAGCGAGAAGCUCAGCGCCGUUAUCCGUGUAGUAGAGGGAGGAAGCGGCCUCAAAGUGGUGGCCCUGGCCAGGCUCACCCCCAUCCCUUUCGGGCUCCAAAACGCGGUGUUUUCGAUUACAGAUCAGUCGUUACCCAACUAUCUAAUGGCUUCCUCAGUUGGACUGCUUCCUACUCAGCUCCUAAACUCCUACUUAGGCACCACCUUGCGAACUAUGGAAGAUGUCAUUGCAGAACAAAGUGUUAGUGGCUAUUUUAUAUUUACUUUACAGAUUGUUAUAAGCAUCGGUCUCAUGUUUUAUGUUGUUCACCGAGCUCAAGUGGAAUUGAACGCUGCUAUCGUAGCAUGUGAAAUGGAAAUGAAAACUUCCUUUGCUCCAGGCAGCCAACCAAGCAUCACUUCUUCAACAACAUUCUGCAACAAGAGGACAAUAGCAUUUUCUGGGGGUGGGAUCAAUAUUGUGUGAUUUAAAGUAUUAAAAAUGUAAGGUUUUGUAAUUGUAAGCUGUUGCCUAGAAAUGUCUAUGGACAACUAUAACCAGUGUAAAAAAACAAAAAAUCCAAACGGUUACAGGUUGUACUGUGACACAGACCAAUUCACCAGUUAUUAAAAAUUGCACAAGAAGGGUGAUAUUUAGCAAGGAAAAAUAGAUGGUUAACCAACUUUGAAAUGUAGAUGCAAAUUACUGCGCCUUUUGUCCUUUAUUAUGCCUGUCAUGAUCUGUAGCCUGCACUUUAGAUUUUGUUUUGUGUUUGCUCCAAGAAACUGAUAAAAAUGGCCCAGAGGUAAAUAUUUUUCUGCUUAGCAUUAUUUAUAAGGUUGAAUAAUUAUAUACAGUAGAUCUUUAUUACUGAAAGAUGAAUGAGUAAAAAGUAUGCAGUUCAAUGUACAAUACUCUUGAAUGUGCUUUGCUGUGGAAAUAUUUCCAGAAAUGAUAGUGUAUUACUUUGCUAAUUAUGGGACCAUUUGGCUUUCCCUCCCUAUUUUAUUUUAAAAAAAGAGAGCCCUAUAUAAACUUUUGGUUGAAUGUAUUUUUGUAAAUCAUUGAAAUGUUGCAGAGCCACUUGUACAUAUUCACACAAGCUUAAAUCCUACAUUGUGGGACUGAAGUGCUCUUAAAUAACAUUUUAAGUUACACUGUGUAAUAUGCAAAGUAAAAGGGAAACUAUAGAGGACAUAAUGGGUUAUGGUGAAUAUAGCACUAUCUGAGGGAGAACUCAUGAGUUAUCUGCUCCAGUGACUUUACCACAUGGAUUGUAGCAAAAGGGCUGUUCCAUUGCAAUUCUAUUUAUAAAUGUUUUUUAAAAAAUUUUAAAGAUGGAUUUUUGUUUUCAUUGCAUGUGAUGCGUACAGUAAGAAUAGGGACCUAAAUCUCUCCCUGCCACAAAAAUGUUGGGAUACUAGCGUAAGAGGCCUUAGACUAAGGUGGCCUUUAUUAUAUAGUGGUGAAAAUCCUUUAUUCCUUUUAAAAACGCUUUAAAAAUCAAACUAAUUCUAGUCACUCUUUCCUUUCUCAUUACAUUCUAAAAUGAUUUAAACUAUUGUACCCUUAGGUAGAAAUGCAAACUAGAGGCUUUCCUUCACAUAAAUUAAUAGAAAAGGACACCAAUGUCUUUGAGACUCAGGAAUUCAGAAUCCAUUUUGAAAAAGACAAAAUUAUACAAGAAUUAUGGGAUAGUGCUCCUUUUGUGUGAGCUGUGGAUUGUUCUUCAGUAUGUUAGCGCUUGUGUGUGUAGAUACAGUACC